AUGAAUUCAACUGUGUUAAAUGACAAUGAGGAGCAAUUUGAAGGCAAGUGGGUCUGCCAGAUUAUGGCAGCAGAAGGAGUCAUCGGUGUCUUAGGAAACAUCUUAGUGUGCUUCGUCAUCAUACGUGCCAAAUGCCUACACAACAAGUCCAACUAUCUGCUGGUGAAUUUGGCUGUUGCUGAUAUGCUCGUGUGUCUUCAUGCAUUUCUCUUUAAGCUGCUAAGUACAGAAAGCUGUGCACUGAAUUCUUUCGUUCCAGUAAGCCUGGUUGGAAGACAAAUUUUCUGUCGAUUUCUAGCAUCCCAAUUCUUAGUGCGGGCGUUGUCCUAUGCAUCAGCUUACAAUCUCUGUGUGGUAACAUUAGAGAGAUAUGUCGCCAUAGUGCAUCCACUACAGUAUGAAAGAAAACUCACGGCAACACGGAUGAAAACUCUGAUUGCUCUGAUCUGGAUGAUAUCGUUUGUAUUUUGCUUGCCUCUUUUGUUUACAAUCCAACCCAGCGACGAUCCCGAUCAGGCUUGCUCAGAUAUAACAUACCCUCAUCAGAUGCUUCCAGUGCUUUUCAGCAUUUUUUCAUUUCUCUCGGGCUACCUGCUGCCCAUAGCAUUGAUGAGUUUGGCCUACUACAAGAUACAAGCUACUCUCAAAAGACAAGCACAAGUUCUCAGCCUGCAGCAGGUAAAAGGAGCAGCCUAUGAUCUUGUGAUUGCGAGACAGCGUCUAGUCAGCAUGCUUACCAUCGUCUUAGGAGCUCUUAUCAUCCUAUGGACGCCAUGUCAUGUGGCUUAUCUUCUCUGUUUGCGUCCAGCAACCAUUGGUCCAUUUCUGUUCUGUGCUUCAAAGAACUAUAGAAACACGAUAGAAAUAUGCAGUCUUGCCUAUUAUUUUAACUCUGUCAUUAAUCCCAUAAUCUAUGAGUUUAAGUACAAGAAAUUUCGAAAAGCACUGAAGAUUGCUUUUUGCAGCUGUUUUAAUAAGCACACUCGUAAUAGAGUUGACAUUGAGAUGGUACCAUUCUGA